CUUCCGUUUCCGGCGGAGGCGGCGAUGGCGGCCGCCCGGCUGCUGCGGGCGGUGGUGGGCGCGGCGCUGGGUUUCCUCGCCGCGGCGGGCAAGAUGAAGGUCGUGGAGGAGCCGAAUACGUUCGGGUUGAAUAACCCGUUCUUGCCUCAGACAAACCGGCUGCAGCCGAAGACCCCUUCUGCAGUAUCAGGCCCCGUGCAUCUCUUUAGGCUUGCUGGCAAGUGUUUCAGUUUUGUGGAAUCCACGUAUAAGUAUGAGUUUUGUCCUUUCCAUAAUGUCACUCAGCAUGAACAGACUUUUCGAUGGAAUGCCUAUAGCGGGAUUUUAGGAAUCUGGCAUGAAUGGGAAAUUGACAACAACACAUUUGUUGGAAUGUGGAUGAGGGAAGGAGACUCGUGUGAAACCAAGAGCAGACAGACAAAGGUUCAUCUUGUUUGUGGAAAGAGCAAUAAAUUGGCUUAUGUGUCUGAGCCAAGUACUUGUGUUUACUCCUUGACAUUUGAAACUCCUCUUGUGUGCCACCCUCACUCCCUUUUAGUUUAUCCAACUCUGACUGAAGUACUACAAAGGAAGUGGGAUGAAGCAGAGCAGUUUCUGUAUGAUCAACUAAUAACUGAACAGGGAUACAAAAAAAUACUGAAAGAAAUAUUUGAGGAAGCAGGACUUCUAAAAGCAACAGAAGAUAAGGAAGUUGAGAAAAAGAACAAGAAAAUAGGUCUGCAAUUUGAAACAGUGGAGAAGUGCAAUAAGGAAUACGAGCAACUUUCUAAAGAAAUAAAAAUCCUUAAAGAUCUAUUAAGUCAGCACAGCAUUGCAUACAAAGGAAAUUCUGCUGAAAAUACCAGUAUUGAACAUGUAAAUCAUGAAGGGGCAACUGCAGAGACAACUGUUCUUAACAGGUCAAAGAAUGAUGAACACCUGCAUGGAGAUAUAGGAAUUUAGCAUGACACUGUGCAUGAAGAAACUUGAGUGAUAAACAGCAACUUCAUGUGAAACGUCGAGCUGGUUGCAUGUGUAGAAUGACACUAUGAUGAUUUACCUUUUGUGAGCAUUCUUGACUUCCGGAAUUUCUGCCCUAAAGUAAAAGGAACAUAAUGGAAUGAGGCCUUGCUGUUACUAAGAUCAGGUGGCCAGUUUCUGACAACAUUUGUAAAAACUUCUGUGCUCAGGCAGGUAUUGGGUGUAGGCUUACAGAUUCUGUGUCUCCAGCCUCAGCUUUGUUAUUUUCUUUGAUCAAGCAUGGUAACAAGUGGCAUGUAUACAAAAUAGUGCCAUACCAGCGCUCUGAAGUGUUGCAUGAAAGGUACUAAGGAACAAUACUUGGAACACGUUACUUCACCUGUACACUAAAAUAAGUGUUUUCUGUGCCGACUCUAGGAAAAAAUAAAAAUUUCCUGCUGCAGCAGCGCAUAGGAAGCAACCCCAUCCACCUCAGCUCCGAGGCUGAUGUAAUCACGGAUAGUGGGCAAACUGUUCAGGUUCUCAAGGAAAGCUCCUCUGAAAACACCAACUCGUUACGGGAUAGUCGUGUUAAGCGAACACGUGGCAAUUCUCCGAAUGUAACAAUAAAACGUACUGCGCUAA